AUGGACAUCACCUUCACCAUCAAGAAGUUUGGGCAGAGACAGCUAAAAGCCCAGCAGCAGAGGGGACCAGCUUCCCAGGAGCUCACAGCCUUGAAGACAGAGAACGCCAAUGCCACCCUAUUUCCUGAGGAUGGGAAGGAGAAGGCAGCACUGGGAGAAGAGCGGACGGAGAGCUCAAGAUUCCUCCGAGGGCAAGAGGAAGAAUGGCUGCAGGAUUCCAGCCAGGAAGGGACCACGAGAAUUGCCCAGGAUGUUAACAUCCAGGUGGAAAAGGAAAAACACCUGGAGCUGGAGGAGCAGUUCAAUGCCCUGAGGAGAGAGCACAUGGAGACCCUGCAAGAGCUCCAGAGAGCACAUGAGCAGAAGCUGCUGCUGGCAGAGUCCCACCGCAGGUCCCAGGAGGCCUUACAGGAGACGAUUCAGGCACUGAAUUCCCAGCUGAAGUCCUUCCAGGAGAGGAUGAAGCGGGUGGAGGAGUCACUCUUGAGCACAGACUACAAGAAACACAUCGAGGAGCACGGGAGCCCCAGCCCCUUCUGGGAGCAGGAGCUGGAGAGCCUGCACUUUGUCAUUGAGAUGAAGAAUGAGAACAUCCAUGGCCUGGAUAAGAAGCUGCUGAACGGUUGAAGGGGGGCGGAGAGGAACCUUCUCUUGGAGGAGAAGGUGAAGACUCUCCAGCAGGAGAACGAAGACCUUCAAGUUCGCUCCCAGAACCACUUAGUCAUGGCAAGGCAGCUGUCGGAGGAGCUGCUGGCCGCCCGCGGGGCGCUGGAGAAGGAGACGCAGCUGCGGGAGCAGGUUUGCCAUGAGAAGGAAGAGCUGCUGUACCGGGUGCUCAACGGGGGGGACGGAUCCCCCUUCCCCAUCGCUGCCGGCGACGUGUCCCUCAUCGCCACGUAG